AGUAACUGACCAAAUGUGUGGGUGUUCCUAUGAAGAACCCCUUAUUACAGAGUUCCUUCGAACUUUUGUCCUAUUGAGCCGCUUACCCUACACUAAAACGCUAGUUACACUUUCGCUUCGAAUAACAGAAAUUUAGUUAUUAGUAAAGCCGAAGUAAAUGAGAGACCUGUUUUUAAAAAAUUGCUAGUAAAGCUGAAGUAAAUGACGGGCCUACUUAAAACCUCAAGCUCGCAGUUGCAGUCUAGGGAGGAAGGAGAUAGAGCAAGGAGCAAGAGGAGGGAGUGCCACUUCAGCGGAGGAGGUGGUGGUCCAGUCAGCAGAGGUGGGUCCGUGAGUGCCACGUCAGUAGUUUGUGGGUCCGAGUGCCACGUCAUCAUCCAGUCAGCACCACGUCAGCAAGUCCAGUCAUCAGUGGGUCCCAUUGCCACGUCAGCAGGUCCAGUCAUUGUGUGGGUCCCGCUGGUGACUUUCGGAGAGAAGUUGGUCCUGACUAAUUUUGACGUCCUGAAUCCAUUUUUGAGGCCAGUUUCCUCAAAUUUGGAUUGUUUGGUAUUGGUUGAUUGCUGCUUGAGUGGAACUAUGACUACCUUGAAGUUUGAAGUUCCGUUAUUUGAUGGAAGAGCGGACUUCAUGUUGUGGCAAUGCACGAUUCAAGACUAUUUGGUCCAGCAAGGUCUUGAUUUAGCAUUGCAAGAUGAGAAGCCAAGUGAUAUGAAAGAAUCAGAGUGGAGUACAAUCCAGAAGAAGGCUGUCAGCACAAUUCGGUUGGCACUGUCCCCACAGAUUAAAGUGACAGUGCUGAAAGAGACAUCACCAAAGAAGCUGUGGGAAACGUUGGAGAGCAAGUUUGCGUCGAAGACACUUACUAACCGGUUGAUGAUGAGGAUGGACUUGUACUCACUGAAGAUGGAAGAGGGAGAACUCAAGGAGGACUUGCAGAUCCUAAAGGAGAAGAAGGGCAAAUCGAAGGAAGCUUCUUCCGCAAAUGUGAUCACUUAUGAAGAUGAUCUCUUCUGAAGAUAAGAGUACUGCUGGACAGAAGAUUCUGCAGGAUGGGAGUAUCGCUGCAUAAAUCGCAAAUGAUGUAGGACUUUGAAUUAAGGGGAGAUUUGUUG